AUGAGUUUACCACCACAUUUGCAGGAAACCUUUUCACCGGAUGAGAUUCAAUUCAUUGUCGAGAAUGAAAAUAUCAAGAUAUUUCCUCGUAUUACGACACGCCAAACUGUGAGAAAUUAUCGAAACCUGAGCGGCAAUGGGGACACCAAUAAAACUAGAUGGAAACUAAUUACUAGUGAUGAAAACAACUUGAACAAUAUGGUAGCCAUGCAAACUACUGAAGUUGCACUGUGGGUGGCUUUAUUGUUAAAGCAACAAAAUAAAUGUAGCAUCAUAGCCCCAUCAUGGCUUACGGUCAAGGAGUUGUCAAACAAGAUACGAUAUGAGGAGAGCUAUCAUGAUAGGUUCAGUCCCAUGCCGUGGGAUUGGCUAGUUCUAUCCAAUAUAUUAUUUAAGAAGGCAGCUGAUGACUUCAAUGACCCCAUUCACGAGCUACGUACCAAAAUUCAAGAUCUCAGGGAAAUAAGACAAUUGAAGGUCAUGAAGGGUCUUGAGCAACUGAAUGAGUCUCAUUUGCAACUAGAUAAUUUGUCUUUAAUGGAGAUUAAUGAAUUGAGACCAUUCAUAGCUGAUAUUAUGGAUAAGUUAAGGGAAGUACACGCAUCUGCAAAUGCAAAUGAGACACAAUCGCAAAGCCAAGACAUAAACAUGAGCAUCUAG